UCACUAGACCCGCCGUUGCUGUGGACUGCCCUUUAGGCGCCUUUGCUCUACUCUGCGCGAAACUCCCGACGACCUGGGCCCGACCUCUUGACCCUUUGGCAAAGAAAAUUGUGUUGUUGCUCCUUCGACCCGCUCGUCACAGCUCCUGUUGGGAUAGCUACGAUCACCGCUUCUCUUUCCCCCUUCCUUCCCCCAUCCCAGCAUAAUACAGAACAAAGCCUACCAGGAUGGCUUCGAAGUUCCUCAGAGAGUAUAAGCUAGUCGUUGUCGGUGGUGGUGGUGUCGGAAAGUCUUGCUUGACCAUUCAAUUGAUCCAGAGCCACUUCGUCGAUGAAUAUGACCCGACGAUUGAGGAUUCAUAUCGCAAGCAGUGCGUCAUUGACGAUGAGGUCGCUUUGUUGGAUGUCCUAGAUACCGCCGGACAGGAGGAAUACUCGGCGAUGCGCGAACAAUACAUGCGGACCGGCGAGGGCUUUCUUCUCGUCUAUUCGAUAACGUCGCGUCAGUCUUUCGAAGAAAUCAUGACAUUCCAGCAACAGAUCCUACGAGUUAAGGACAAGGACUACUUCCCCAUCAUCGUCGUCGGAAACAAGUGCGAUUUAGAGAAGGAGAGGGCUGUCUCAGAAGAAGAGGGAGAGGCUCUAGCACGACAGUUCGGCUGCAAAUUCAUCGAAACCUCGGCCAAGUCCCGUAUCAAUGUCGAAAACGCCUUCUACGACCUCGUGCGCGAAAUCCGUCGGUACAACAAGGAGAUGUCAUCGUACCCAUCUGGGUCAGGCGGAUUCGGCUCCCGCGCUCCCGAAGGCAAGAUGGACGUCAGCGAGCCUGGCGAGAGCGAAGGUUGCUGUAAAUGUAUUAUAAUGUAAUGAACAGGCGUUGGAUUGAAAAGGAUACACACAUGUCGAGAUACGGAAGGAAAAAAACCAAACACUCCCUCGGCUGGAAGUGAGAUCAGCGACACACAUACUCACGCACACACGCACACACACACACACACAUCAAUCUCGUCAUGGCGGAAUGUGGGCUGUCAGCAGCAGGUUUUGGAUCGUGCUAUUAUUAUACCAGAUGAGGCUCGCCCGCGCCCGCCGAUGAUGAACUGCUCUCGCCCCCUCAUGCCGCCCAUCGUCUCCAUGAACGUUCGAUUCCCCCUCUGUUUCUCUGUUUUUUCCUCUUUUUUUUUUAUUUCUUCUAUUAUUAUUAUUUGACUUAUUUUUUUUCUUCUUUAUUCAUUUAUCUCACUUGGAAGAUUGGCCAUCUAUCUCAAACUUUUUGUUUUUCCU